AUGGAAGCCGACUUUGUUCCACAUCCACGGACGGCCAAUCAAGCUCACUACAUCUCAUUUGAAUUUUUGAGGUUUUGGUUCAAUAACCAUCUGGUAUAUUCUGGUCAAAAUAUUUUUUCUAAAAGUUCAUACACCCCAAUUUACAGCAACGUGUGCAACUCGAAACCACAGUGCCUGGAGCUGAGUCAGCUGAUAAAAGACCGCAUCCCGGAUGCCCAGGUUGCGUGCAAAAUAGGCCGACGAGGUUCGUUCGAAGUGGAAAUCAACGACACCCUAGUGCACUCGAAAAUCGCCUCCCUAGCUUUUCCGGACUACGAAGCCGUUGUGAGCAAUGUGAUAGCCGCCCGAGAUGGUCGCCCCGUAACCAAAGUCAAGGAACAACCCAUUACUGACUGUAUGGUGCAAUAGGGCUUAUCGGAUCAAGUUAAUAAGGUAGGAAGGGUCAAAUCCCGAAAUAAAACGUGUGUUAUUCGACUA